AGAGAUAAAUACAUAUCAGAAACCACAGUAAAGUGUCCAUUGUUGCUCUCGUUUUAAAUGCAUUACCAAAGAAAAAAAGUGCAUUGUAAAUAAGAAAAAGUUACAGACUUUGUCCACAUCUGUUUGCCGUUUAUAUUCCCAAAACUCAUCACUCAUCACUCAUAAUCAGUGGAGUUCUUGGAGAAGAAAACUAGGUGGGUUUCCUCUCUCUUAUAUGGGUUUUAAAUUGAAGCAGUAAGGAAUUGCUGAUUCCUCGUUAGAGACUGGGGUCUUUUAGAACAUCAUAGAGGAAGAUAAGUAUUUCACAUGCAGAUUGUUUUUGCAUGAGGAUCUAAUGGCUGAUUCUAAUAGUUUAAGCCUGAAACACACAAGUAGCAUGCUUUUCAGUAUUCCUGAUUUCUUUGUAGGGUUUGGUAACAAAGGUUCUUCAGAUUCUGACUCAGUUAGGAGCCCUACAUCUCCUCUGGACCUCAGGCCUUUUUCAAAUCUUAGCAACCCAUUUAGACUUAGGUCCGCUCGAUCAUCAUCCCACAAUGGAAAUCACAAGAAAUGGGAUUGUAGGAAAGCAGGCCUUGGCAUUGUCAAUUUCCUUGUUGAUGAAACCAAAGCUACUAGUGAAGUUCUUGGUUCAUCGAAGAGGAAAACCAUAAUUUUUCGACCACAGGUGGGGAAAAACAACUCUCACUCCUCAAAGCUCUGUUCUGGUUCAGAUGAUUAUUCCAUGAAGUCCCAAUCUUUACCCAGAAACUACAUAAUUAGGCCACUUUCUGAAACCAUAUCUCUCAAUCCCCAACUCAAACCAGAUAAAGUGAAUGUUUCAUCUGGGUUUGUGGGACUUCCUUUGGAAUCUGAACCAUCUGAAAACAUUGAACCAUUUUUGUUGGACUCCAGCAGGGAUUCCUCACUGAUUGUCUCUAUGCAAGGAGAAAGUUCGUUGGGUUUUAAACCAAGUUCACUUCCAGUACCCAUUGUCUCUAACCCUCAAUAUGCAUCCUCUAUCCCUGCUAGAGAGAUGGAACUUUCUGAGGACUAUACCUGUAUAAUUUCUCAUGGUCCAAACCCGAAGACUACUCAUAUUUUUUGUGACUGUAUAUUGGAAUGUCACACAAAAGAUUUAAACAAUGUUGACAAAGAAAUAGUCGAGAUAGAAUCACCUCGAGUGGGUCAGCACCAGGAGGGAUUACAACAUGACCCUUCAGAUGAAAUUUUGAGAUUCUGUUACACCUGCAAGAAGAACUUGGUAGGAGAGGAAAUUUACAUGUGCAGAAGUGAGAAAGCAUUUUGUAGCUUUGAUUGUCACUCAGAGAAGAUUUUUGCUGAAGAGGAAGCAGAAGAGACUUGGGUUAAAUCUGCAGGAAGCUCUCCUGAAAGCUACCAGGAAGAUCUCUUCUUAUUGGGUAUGCAUAGUCAGGAGACUCGGGACAUAGAGUAGUAGUAGCAUCAUAGGUCGUUCUCUAUAAUUUUGAUUGGAUGAUUUCAAGUGGCUAAAAGCCCUGGUCAUCAGUUUUCGUAUCCCGUUUGUUUCUUAAUGCUUUUGUUGGCAAGUGUUCAUGUAAAAAACACUUUGGACCCCCUGAACUCAUUGUUGAUUGCAUGCGGUAUUGAAAUAACAGCUGACUUUUUUGGGGUAUUA